AGGGGAGAGAGCUACCCAUGAACUUGGAUGAUCCCUCUUAUCUGCCCCACCCUCCUGCCCCCCAGCUGUCCUGCCUCCAUCUAUUAUGUUUGCCCAAUGGGAGGGUCUCCUGCCAUAAACCCACCUUCUGCCAUAUUUAUAGAUCCCAGAAUUGUGAGUUCAUCCCAGAGACUCGGCACUCAGGCAGAAUGAUGCUCUGGAUCCUGCUCAGUGUGGCCUGCAUCGCAGCAGCACAGCCCCGUAGCUCCUCUUACUCAGGAGAGUAUGGUGGAGGCGGUGGAAAGCGUUUCUCACAGUCUGGGAACCAGCUGGAUGGACCAAUCACAGCCCUGAGAAUUCGUGCAAACCGCAACUAUAUCACAGGCCUGCAGGUCCGCUAUGGGACAUCAUGGUCUCAGUACCAAGGGGGAUCGUCCGGGGAUCUGGAGGAGAUCUUCCUGCACCCGGGAGAGUCUAUCAUCCAGGUAUCAGGAAAAUACUCCUCGUACCUCAGGAAGUUGAUGUUUGUCACCAACAAAGGACGCCAUUUCAUCAUUGGGAAAGAUUAUGGGACCAGUUUCAAUGGCGUACCCCUGUACCCCAACACUGUACUCCGGUUCGUGAGUGGCAGCUCCGGGUCUGUCAUUGAUUCCAUCGGCUUCCACUGGGACUAUCCAUCCAGCAACUGUGUACACUGCCUCAAGUGAUCAGCCGGAGCGUUGCACCGUCCUGUGCUGCAGAGCAUUGCACCCACGCCAAUCACCUGAAUCUUACCUGCAGGCCAACACUUCUCUACCCCCCAAUGUACAUUUCUAGCAAUCCCAUCACACUCUCAGGAUGGGGCACUUGUCCUACCCAGGACUUCCCGAUCAUAUCCGGUAUAACUGCGGCAGUGCCGCCUGUCUCUACACUGUGCCCCUCACCCCUGACUGUUCUGUCAUCUGUCAUUCCCUAGCCCUGGAACAUUCUCCUCCCAAAAUAAAAUCUGCAGCUUUUA